UAUACCGUGAGCCGAAGGUCCGAGGAACCUCGAUGACUGCCAAUUAAGUGUCAUAAAAGUAUGAGCUCAAUGUUAACUUGAGGUACCAAAGUCCAUGGUGAAGAGAAAAAGACGAAUGGCGAGUCGAUACUUUCAGAAGCGUCGCCUCGCACAGCAAACCUGCGCUGUGGCGGACACGCGGCACAAUCGCGCUGUAUGCGGUCACGUGGUCGCGUCUCCACGUGGCCCAAAGCAUCGUCCUGGCCCCUGGGCGCCCCGCCAGCAGAGCUCGCAACUACCUGCAACUCCGUCGCCAUCAAGUCGCUGCAUACCGGCCUGCGUCUGUGUCAACAUCAAACGUGUGCAUAUCCGAGCGGUAUAUGCGGCCAUCCGGGUCUCGCCUAAUCCCCUCUUCAUAUGCUAUGCAUAUAUAUGGCUGGACUGUGUCUGGAUCCAUCCGAAGUCAACCAGAUUCCGAAUGAAAUACGUCAGUCGCUCUCGAUGCAGGAUCGGCAGUGCAACCUCUUCAAGGUCGAAUCGGGAUCGAAGGAUUUGUGGCUACAAGGUUGCAAACACCGCGGCGGUCUGGAGUCGCGCAUUCUCCCCUGGCGCAUUGUACGGGUCUGAUGCCGUGAAGUGCAACGCGCUCGGACAGAGCUAGCAAGCAGCGGUCAUUGCUUCCGAGUAUCCAUGUUCAGAGCGAGUGAUCAAUCCAUCAAGAAUACUGGUCCGUGCCACACACUUCAUGUUUC